CCCUUGGUCACGCACCGUAUCGGUCCAAUCUGCCGAGCGCAGCACUAGGCUACUGGACGCCAAGAUCUGCCAACAAACACGCUCUACGUCAUCGUGUCUUUUAGACGCCCAUCGUCGAAUCCAGGAAUCACAAUCAGGGGGGCCCUCGCCCACAUUCCUGCUCUCAUGCUGCAUGACUGCAUCACCGUGUGAUCUGCAUUUAUAACCCCACAGACCCUGCUCUCUAUUCUGCAUUCGCCUUUUCUAGACUCCAAUACGACUAGAGCACACGCGCACAAUAUUGAAAUCACAAUCGAGACGUUUCCAAGUGUGGUCCUCCUCACCUGCCAGCACAAUCACAAUGGGUCUCCCCAGCAUGUCCAAGAGCUACCUGUUCUUCACCGUCAUUCAUGUCUUCCUAUUCGCCCUGGCUCUGGCCGUUUGCGGCCUCUAUGGCCAAGAUCUGAAGAGGGCCAUGGACAGCAACGUCGAGGCGGACUCCAAAUGGAUAUUCGCUGUCGUCGUCGGCGCGCUCUCAGCUGUGACAUGUGUCAUCUACUUUAUCCCAUUCAUUCUCCGCGUCGGCGGUAUCUUCAUUGCUGGCUGGGACUUCAUCCUGUUCAUUCUCUGGAUCGCCGUCUUUGGCGUGUUUGGCAAGAUGUACAUUGGUGAGGACCCCGAGGGUGUCGGCGCCAUCCGUCGCAUGAAGAAUGCGGUCUGGGUCGAUCUCGCCAACGCGCUCCUCUGGUUCAUCCUGUCCAUCGGUAUGGCCUUGUACUGGUGGAGGAGCGACCGCCGCUCGAGGUUCACUGGACGCGCGCACGUGUAGGAUGAUGCGCCACCCGAGGGACGAGCAGACGACGGAGCGGGUGUCGCAAUGGGAAGCAGGACGUGAAGGCGUGCGUCGUGUGAGAGAAGCGAGGAUGUCUU